UACCAACCCGUCGCACGGAAAGGGUUGAGAGGAAGCGGCGGUCAGGAGGGUGCCACCCGGCCAUGGACCACAUCCGGCCGUCACGUCAAGACACCGCACCAUACACGCGCGCGGGCCAUGCAUGCCUGCGUCGCAGCUCGACGGGCCGUAAUCAAAAUGCCAAGGUUCGGCGAAGCCAGCUAGGCGUCGCAACGCCGCCGCACCAGUUCGCCUCCUGCGGCUGCUGCAGUCGUAGCAGUGCCGCUGUCUCGAGGCAAAGCACAAACAAGCAAGCGCGCAGCAAUCUCUCGACGGUCGGGCGCGCGGAGCGAAGCGCGCGGUUGGCGUCGCCCGCUGUCACGAUGUCGACAACCGACGGCGCAGUGGCCAUCGCGGCGUGCUGCAGCAGUGGCCGCCUCUCGGUUACCGCCUGCGAGAGGUGAGGCGGCGGCCCUUGCGCAAGCGUCGUGCCGCUCGCCCGAGGGCUCGCCAGCUUCGAGCUCCGGCCGCGUGGUCUCCGGCCCCGUGCAGCGGCGCCCGAGCUCAAGCAAGUGUGCGCGGCGUGUGCGGACAGCCUCCUCCUCUCUCUCGCCCCGUGGUGCUGCGUGCGUGCGCCUCCUCGCCCUCUCGACGCCGGUGCUUCUCGUGGCGCAUUAAACCGGUCGGCCAUCUGGGUUCGCGGCGCUAGCUAGAUGGCGCCAGCGAUCACGACUACCAGGGUGGUGCUGCUUCACGGGGGUGGCGCGCGGCGGCCGCAGGCAGCGACGGCGGCGAGGCACAGGUGUUGCUGGCGAACGACGACUGCCGCUGCGCCCGGUCGAGUCUGCGCCGGCGGCGGCACCGAAGACGACGAGGCGUAUUUUCGGCCUACCACCAAGCGAGUGCCGUCGUGUUACUUAUGUGCGGUCCGAGACGAGCUGCGGGUCGUCGUCUAGGUGGUUCGACGACCAGUCUUACCGCGAGCCGCUGCCAAGAUCAUGCCAGAUGGCAAUAUGGACGUUGGCAGCAGCAAAAACAACAGCAGCAGCAAUGCCAGUGAUGGAGGUGAUGCACCAAAGCAUGUUUGUGGCCUUUGCUGGACGUCCUUCAGCAGCCCAACAGAGCUGCAGCAGCACUGCCUGGAAUGCUUCUCAGAGGACUACUCGGUUUCAAGGGAAUCUGAAGGAGAAGAGAGCCCUUCACCAGAGAAAGCCAAAGAUAGUGAAGCUCCUUCCGCCAUGGAGGUAACUGAGGACGCAGCUGAGGGCGAAACUCCCAGCCGAGAGGACUCUCCUUCAACCAGUUCAUUGCCGGAUGGCAAAACCCUACACCUGUGUAAGCUGUGCCCCAAGACGUUCACCAAUUAUGGCAGCUACCGCCGACACUUACGCAUGCAUUCCUGUGGGCAUCGGUACACGUGCGACAUUUGUGGAAAGCAGUUCUUUCGGCGCUACCUCUGGAUAAAGCACUAUGAGAAGAUACACAACAGCAUGAUGCAGAACAUGUGCCAGUGCACCGUCUGCGAGAUGUGGCUGAAGAACAGUGACACCCUAAAGGAGCACAUUCGCACAAAGCAUCGGUUUGCCACUGGUGUUACAGGUGAUGUUGAUCUUGCGGGUGACACUGCUGCAAAGCCACCUGCUGAAACCAUUGUGCUUGACUCACUGUCUCUCCAGCCAAUCAAGGAGAGCACAGAUUCUAGUCCAGCUGACAAUGGAGAUGCAGGCAGUGCCAAAACAAUGAAUGGGACUAAACACCAGUGGAUGUGCAAUUUGUGCUCUGAAGCGUUUGGGACAAAGGCUCAGCUGAUGAAGCACAAGGAAGAUAGGCACGGAAGAAAACGUGUCUGGGCCCCAAAGGCGCCCACACCUGAAGCGGAUGACACAAAGCGAAUUCGAAUCGAAGAGGUAGCUAAGGAAGUCUUCCACGGCAUGCUGUCAGAGUUUAGCCUCCAAGGCAUGCUGUCUUCAGAAGCACAAAAAGUUAAGAAGGAAACCAAAGCAGCUGAGCUGACAACAGGGUCUGCUUUCAGUCCAGCAUUUCCAGGUACUGGGCUUUGUGAUCCUACCAAGAGAGGCGUCUUCCUCUGUGAAGUCUGCAAAAAAACUUUCAUUAAUCGCAGCAGCUAUCUGAGGCAUAAGAAGAUGCACACAGGCGUGCGUCCCUACACCUGUGAACACUGCUGCAUGAGCUUCUUCCGCUCUGAGUCAUUGACAACUCACAAGAAGAAGCAUGUUUCUGGUGACCAGUUCAAGUGCUUUGUCUGUGGACAUAUUGCUGAAGGUGCUUCUGAUCUGUCUUCCCAUUUUUUAUCUACACAUUCUAAGCUCCCAGAGGAGUAUGACAAGAAUACUGUAGUUCGCUCUCGAAGAGGUAGACCAUCAAAAUAUACCAUGCUGCCUGAGCUUAUGGGCCAGACGCCACCUCAGCAGACAGCUGAGGAAGCAGUGCUUUGCGCCAAGAAACUUGACCAAGGAAACCAGGACUGUGAUGCCAAUUCUGAAGACACAGUUCUUGUUGGCCUGAAUGGGGAUGCAGAUUCCCUCAACUCUGCUGCUGACAAAUAUACGUGCCUAGUGUGCUUUCAGUUCUUUCCAGAUGAGCAGUCUUACUAUGACCAUCAAUGUAGGGAUGAUGUGUCUGCCAUUUCAAAAACUUUGGAGCAGGGUAAAGAUUCUUCUAGUCAGGAUGAAAAGGACGAUGAAGGGGGGCUGUCUGGCAUGCCUCACAGUUUUUUGGCUUUAGAGGCCUGCACUUUAUGCUCUGCCAAGUUUCCUACCAAGAAGCACCUUCAGGAGCAUAUGGUCAUACACAUCUGUCGUUAUUGUGGUCGGUGUUUCAAAGAUACUGGCAUGCUUAGCAAGCAUGUUGAGUCUGUGCAUAAGGAGUUGGUGCAGUCGCAAAGCCACACUUGUUGCUGCUGUGAUUUAACUCUAGAAGAUGGAAAUGCACUUGUGGAGCAUGUCCUUGAUAAGCACAGCACUAUGCUGCCAAGUAUUGACAUAUCAGCCCAGAGCAAGUUAGGCAUGAGUAACGUAGAUCUUGAGAAGAAAGGUUUAGAAGAGUUUGUAACCUCUGCUAAAGUAGGCAUAGAUAAAAAUACUUGCGAACGUAACCAGAGGCACCAUUGUGGUUGGUGCCAAGAGCAUUUUGGCGAUUUACAGCAGAUGACAACUCAUUUUAGAGAAGUCCACAGCAUCAUCAAUAUUGUGGGUGAUUCAGGAAAUGGCAUUUACUUUUCUGAUGUAGAGAAAAAACUCCACGGAAGAAACCAUUGCUUAAAAUGCUGUGAACCACUUGGUGAUUCAGUGCACGUUUGUAGUGAUAAGUCAGUUUGCAACUUGUGCCUGCGAACAUUUGAUGAUCCUCGAAAUGCACAUGUCCACCAGGAGCUUAACCAUCACAUGGUAGAUUGGUUUUGUUGCGAUGCUUGUGAUGCGUGUGGGCCACAGGAUCUUAUGGAGAAGCAUGUGCUUUCGCAUAUGUCAAAGGUGGGAAGCCUUGUAGUUCCUGAGACUCCUGCCAAAACCCAAGUGCCCCUAAUGGGGAACUCUGAGCCUUUUCAAAAUGUCCGAGAAGCCUUCCGAAACUGGUGCCGUAACGGAACAACCAAGGGUGGUGAUGGUAAACAGAAUUCUGCCUUGCCAAACGGAGAAUUGGUCAACUUAGCAACUGAUAGGCGUGUGAAGACUAGAAGUGAAAUCCUCAUUGAAGAAGCUAAAAGAGGCUUUCCACCACGUGGACCCAUUGGACAUAUGGUUCAGAAAAAAGAGAGUGCUUCACUCAAUGGGGAAGUAAAGGAGCAACUGUCCAAGGACAUCAUUGAGCUUCUACCGAAAAACGGUGAAAUUACUAUGAUUCCAAUAAAGUCAGAAACUCCUGAACCAUAUUCACAGCUCCGCUCUGCACUCACUACAGCCAAAAGACGCAACUCCCCAUCAACGUUUGAUCGCAAUGGCAACAUCCUGAAGACACUUCUUGGGGAAAGGAGAUCUCCUCUUACCGGUUCAGACUACCCAUGGGAUAAGGGCACAGACCCAACGUUCUGCAAGAACAGCACUAGUGAGACAGAUGAUCAGGCAUUGUCUGACCCAGGGUGUUAUGAACGUGAACCCAAAGGUUCCCCUGCUAGUGACCAAGGGACAGCCGGGGGUGGCAGCUCCUCCAAUGUGGUGCUCAAGUGCGACGACUGCAAACGGCUCUUCACACACUACAGCAGCUGGAAGCGGCACAGAAGGCAACAUCUUGGCCUUAGCACUCACACAUGUAGCGAGUGUGAGCGCAUCUUCUACAGGAAGGACCAAUUCGACAAACAUGUGCUAUCCCAUCAGCACAAGAACAGUGCGGAAGUCUGAUCCAGCAGCAGCACGCCUUUCCUCUUCCGGUGCUCUAGGUUGUUGUUGUAUUUAUUGUUUUACUGAAGCCAGAUGGCUGUGCUUUGCUUAUUUUUGUCCUGACUUUUGUGCAAGGUGCAUUUGACCAGAGAGGAGCCCUGUGAGAAAGCCUUCGCAUUUUGCCAUUUGCUACUCUACAUUACAGGGACAGCCAUGGUGGCAUGCUGCUUUAAAGACCAACCAGCCAGAAGCAGAGAACCACACUUUCUGAACGUUCCAAGAGGCUUUGAACAGAUCGAAAAAAAAAAUAAUGACAGUUUUCUACUAAUAUACCUGUUGAGAGUAUGAAGAUCACGGUUACUCGUAUAUACACAGAUGUUGCUUAUAAUAUAUAUAUAUAUAAAUAUAUAUAAAUAUAUACUAUAUCUAUUUUUAAGGGAAAGAAAAUGUUCUGGUGAUGUACUUGUACGACAUAUUCCAAAGAGCUCUUGCCAUCUAGUGUGAGAGUAUGUACCUUCGGCCCCACUCUUUCCUGCCCUUGGUGCAUUUACGUGUUGCACUGGAAUCGUGAUAUCUUAGUGUCUGGUUGGAGUGCUUAGUGCUGUUUUGAAUAAGUCAAUAUACCUUGUACAAACUAUUCACUAGGUGUACUUCACAAGUGGCUGAAGCAAUGUUCACUCAGCAGUGUUUUCUUUAUUUUUCCCUUUGUGUGUUGGCGGGGAAAUGCCUUGGUGUGCUUCGUUGUUGGAGGGUUCACCUUUAUUGCACAGGGUAAUAUAUUUGUAAUAUAUGAGCUUACCAGGUGCCUGACUGUCUCUGACCACUCAAACACAUUAGAUCAGCACCUUUAUUACAUGCGGAGAGACAUGGUCGGUCCCUAAUGAAUUCUGCCAAUGUGUUUUGCCAAGUUGAAGGGAACCUGAAUCUUUAUAUGGGGUUUUUAUCCGAGAUGCUCGUGGAGUACAGUGAAAAAGUUCAGUUAGCUUUUAUUUUCCUUGACAUUGUUUAGUGCUGUGAGCAUUACAUCUCUCUGCUGUCUUCUCCUUUUCAUUCCAUUGGCAUGGUCUGUUUGCCCUUCUAUGCUGUUGAUACGAAAAAUCAAGUUUUAUCAUGGACACAGCAUUGCAUCGUAUUGUCGGCAGCUUCUCUAUACCUGUGCCAUGGCUCGACGAUCGUGUGUCAGCAUAAUUUAUAGUUUUGGGCAGGUCGUUCAGUUUACUGUAUGCUUUUGUUCUUUCUUUGCCAUUGUGUCCAUUUUACAUCAUUCUUGUGUUCAGCAACUACCGGUGUCCUAAUGUUAGCGUCCUUUGCAAGCCUAGUCUUUAUUAGGUGACAUAUUUAUUUCUUCCUUAGUUCACCAUUUCACCAGUGUGUGCCCUCAAAUGGCACCACUGCAUUUUGCCGCACGUGUUAAUGGACAUCAUCAGAGUAUAAUAUAUAUAUACAUAUGUAUUCCUUGCACUUUUUUUGACAUUCUAGUUUAUGCUCGGACGAGACUGAGCAACUAUUUUUGCACCGGUGCUUUAGUAGAAACACUGUGAAGCUUGCCAAUGGGGAAGUACAGUUUUGUCUUGUGGGUUUUCUUUAUUUGCAUGCGUGUUGCAUUCUUGAUGUUUUUAUGCCAUCAUUCCAAAGUGGGAACGUGCACCAUUAAAUUACACAAAGGCAACGACAACACUUGUGGUAUAGCUAGUCGUGUUAUGAGUUUUUAUUUAAUAUAUUUAUGGAAGAAUAGAUAGCUUCUUUUUCUUUAUUAUUUGGGAUGUUUCACUAUUGUUACAUUUGCAUGGUUGAUGAUUCCUAGAAGUGGAGGUCAGCGGUGCAGGCUGCUCCUGCCUUUUUUUUUUUUUUAUUAAAUCAUGGCUGAUUUCUUAUUGUCCUUUUUUUUAUUUUCAUGAACAUAAAACAUUAGCAGGACAGUGACUCCCUUGCCUUGCUUUUUUUCUUUUUUCUUUCUUUCAGUCUUGUUGGUGCACUCAUUGGUACCGGCUGUACUUAAAUGUUGUUCAGUGCUAAGAAUGAGUUGGCUGUUCGGACCACUCCGACCCACUGUGGCGCUUUAACUUUCGACGCAGCCAAAACUGCUGCAGCUCUGUGACCGCUCCAUAAGGGCUUGCUGAAAUGGCUUUCAUCGGUGUCAUGUUGGUUUGGAUUGUUUGAGCAGCCACGCGUCAUUUCUUCAUUCAGUCAUUCAUUCAUUCAGCAGGAGCAUCUUGGCUAACCAUGACUGCAGUGUAGACGUUUUGCCAUGGCCAGGAAUUGCAGUACGGUUGGUUUCGAUUGAAUGGCUCUCUUCAAGGUUUUUGUCUUGUUAAGUGCGCCAGUGCUUUGUUGAGAGUGUCGUCGUUCUUUCGUGAAGGCGUAUUCUGUGAAGCCUAUUGGUGUCCUUGUCACUGUGCUAUCCAGAGUUCCUUGUUGAUGUGUGACACAUGUUCUCUAAUGUAAUCACACACAGAAUGCCAGAUGAAUGAGUGAUGAGUACAAUCGUCCUUUCGCAGGGUGUGUGCACAUAGUCCUGAAGAAGGGUUGGUGCGCAUUUACAUCUAGGAAUAAAUACACAGAAGUACUAAAGUCAAUCAGAGGAUCAAGCUAGCCAAUCAGCACAUUGUUUCAAUCUCUGCAGUCCAUAGUGGAACUACAAUCGUUCUGUAUGUUGUGAUGAUAAUAGAGUUGUUGAAGAUGAAUGACCCUCCGGGUGCCAUGGUGUGAGGCUUUGUGUACCAGCUCUGGCUGCAUACCAGCGCCGCUCUGAUAUAGAGUUGACGCUGGACCUGUAGAAAAAAAAGAGUAAUCAGAAUCCAAGUGAUUUGAUUUGAAAUACGGCAAUCACGUAUUUACACUGUUUUGUGUAUUUAUUUAAUUCCAUUUUAUAUACAAAGCAUUUUUGCAUACAGGGUAUUCAAAUCUUUUACGAGGUGAUGUAACACUGAGAUAAUAAAUGACUUCUAGGAGA